GAAAGAGAGGGAGAGAGAGAGAGAGAGAGGGAGGUUGUAUGAUGGUAGGGAGACAGCGGAAAAGAUAUUAAUUAGAAGUGACGAGGGAGUCGAAGAAGAUCUACUAGGGUUUCUGAAAUCUGAGAGUGCAAACCUGGGGAGUGAAAGCUGUGGAUACAGGUACUGUUGUUGCGCCGAUUGGCUGCUCUGUUACUUGUCCGGCAUGGAUAUGGACAUUGAUUCGCCUGCUGAAUCCAAUUCCCUCCCCCCUCGCUAUCGUAUUGUACAGAGGCUUAGUCUCCAAGGAGUUCCUGAGGAGCAUCUUGAGCGGCUUGAGCCUGGUUUAGUUGCUUAUGUCAAGGAGAACAAAUUUCGGGUACCAGAGCUGGUAUCUGCCAUCUUACCCACUGACGAGGAAGUGGUGGAGGCGUAUAAAGAAUGUAAAGCAAGUUCUAAAGAAGACUUGGUGAGCCCAACCAUGACAGAACAAUUCCGUGAAAGUAUGUGUUUGUUACAGUGGUUGAUGUUCUAUGGUGAACCACUGAGUGCCUUAAAUAAACUCGCCAAAAUAAGUACUGGUCAACGUGGUGUUUGUGGGUCUGUUUGGGGCCAUAAUGAUAUAGCAUACCGCUGCCGAACAUGUGAACAUGACCCAACAUGUGCAAUUUGUGUCCCUUGUUUCCAGAAUGGAAACCACAAGGACCAUGAUUAUUCUGUUAUAUAUACGGGUGGUGGCUGUUGUGAUUGUGGGGAUGUGACUGCAUGGAAACGUGAGGGCUUCUGUUCAAAGCAUAAAGGUGCAGAACAGAUACAGCCCCUGCCAGAGGAGUUUGCUAAAUCUGUAGGACCUGUUCUGGAUGCGCUACUUGUUUGUUGGAAAAACAAACUAUUGUUUGCAGAAAAUGUAUGUCAGGAAUACCAUAAAGGGAGUGAUCGCAUUGGGGAAUUCAAGAAGGUUGCAAAUGAGCUAACAUUUGUGGUGGUUGAGAUGCUUACAGAGUUCUGUCAGUACAGUGAAAGUUUGCUCAGUUUUAUUUCAAAAAGGGUGUUUAUAUCAGAUGGUUUAUUAGAUAGUCUGGUGAGGGCGGAGAGGUUCUUGAGUAAAAGAGUCACAAGGAAACUCCAUGAACUGCUUCUGAAAUUGCUGGGGGAACCUGUAUUUAAAUAUGAAUUUGCAAAAGUAUUUCUGAGUUAUUACCCAAUUCUUGUAAAUGAAGCCAUAAAAGGGUGCAGUGAUGCUGUUUUCAAGAAUUAUCCACUACUAUCUACAUUUUCCGUGCAGAUUUUCACAGUGCCAACUCUAACUCCACGUCUUGUGAAGGAAAUGAAUCUGCUGGCUUUGCUGAUGGGAUGUUUAGGAGACAUUUUCUGUUCUUGUGCUGGAGAGGAUGGUCGAUUACAGGUUACCAAGUGGGGAAAUUUGUAUGAAACCACUCUUCGUGUAGUUGAAGAUAUUAGGUUUGUUACAAGUCAUGUUGCUGUACCUGAAUAUAUAACCCAUGACCAGCGAGAUGUCCCUAGAACUUGGAUGAAACUCUUGGCUUUUGUGCAAGGGAUGAACCCUCAAAAGAGAGAAACAGGUCUCCACAUAGAAGAAGAAAAUGAGAACAUGCAUUAUCCUUUUGUUUUAGGUCACUCUAUUGCAAAUAUUCACUCUCUCUUGGUGGCGGGUGCAUUUUCUGGUUCCAAAGCUGAAGAGACUGAUAUUGAGAUACUUUUCAACGCACAAAAGCAAGAUUUGGAUGAUGAAGAAAGCCUAAGACAUUCAAAAGUAGGACGGCUUUCCCGGGAAACCUCUGUUUGUGGUACAAAAUUCAAUGAAGCAAAAUCUGAUUGCCAACUUCUAAUUCCUGCCUCCGUUACAUGGUUGAUAUUUGAGUGCUUAAGGUCUAUUGAGAAUUGGUUGGGAGUAGAUAAUGCAUCUGGAGCUCUUCUUAAUGUGUUAUCUCCAAAUACCAGCAGUGUCUGUGCUAGCAAUUUCUUAGCUUUGAAGAAAACAUUAUCUAAGAUCAGGAAGGGCAAAUAUAUUUUCAGUAAAUUUACCAGUUCAAAUGAAGCUCAAGGUAGGCGAAGUCUGUCACUUGAUAAAACUGCACAACCCAUAGGGCAAGACAGAAUAUCAAUCAUGACUGGUAAAACUGAUUCAGAUAAUGCCUGUUACCCUGCAGGUUUUGAUGAUAUUACCAUGGAAGGAGAAUUAGAUGCCCUACGGGUUCUGAGUCUAUCAGAUUGGCCAGAUAUACUCUAUGAUGUUAGUUCACAGGAUAUAUCUGUUCAUAUUCCUUUACAUCGAUUGCUUUCUUUGCUUUUACAAAAAGCAUUGAAUAGAUGUUACGGUGAAGCUACUGAGCCAUAUAUGAUCAGUGCCAGUGCUGCUAAUCCACUUCCAGAUGUUUAUAGCGAUUUCUUUGGGCAUGUUCUAGGAGGUUGCCAUCCUUACGGGUUUUCUGCCUUCAUUAUGGAGCAUCCUCUGCGGAUUAGGGUAUUUUGUGCUGAGGUUCAUGCUGGAAUGUGGCGGAGGAAUGGGGAUGCUGCUCUAUUAUCAUGUGAGUGGUAUCGUUCAGUUCGCUGGUCCGAACAGGGUUUAGAGCUUGAUCUGUUUCUGCUGCAGUGCUGUGCUGCAUUGGCUCCAGCUGAUCUUUAUGUUAAUAGAAUUCUAGGUCGCUUUGGGUUGUCAGAGUACCUUUCUUUGAAUCUUGAACAGUCUAGUGAGUAUGAACCAGUUCUAAUGCAGGAAAUGCUCACUCUUAUCAUACAACUAGUUAAAGAGAGGCGAUUUUGUGGACUAACAACUACUGAGAGUUUGAAAAGAGAGUUGAUCUAUAAGUUGGCCAUUGGAAAUGCUACUCAUAGUCAGUUGGUAAAAUCUCUUCCUCGGGACCUUUCUAAAAUUGAUCAACUUCAGGAAAUUUUGGAUACCAUUGCAUUGUACUCCGAACCAUCUGGCGUGAAUCAGGGGAUGUAUUCACUGCGACGGGCAUAUUGGAAAGAACUUGAUUUGUAUCAUCCUCGUUGGAACCCUAGGGAUUUGCAGUUUGCAGAAGAAAGAUAUUCACGCUUCUGUAAUGUUUCUGCAUUGACCACUCAGCUUCCCAAGUGGACAAAGAUUUAUCAGCCGCUCAAUGGAAUAGCCAGGAUAGCUACUUGCAAAGUUGUCCUUCAGAUUGUCCGUGCAGUCUUGUUUUAUGCUGUUUUCACAGAUAAAGUUGCUGCAUCACGAGCUCCUGAUGGGGUUCUUCUGACGGCAUUGCACUUACUCUCUUUAGCAUUAGACAUCUGUUUUUUGCAGAAAGAAGCCAGCAAUAGGUCAUGCAACAAUGAGGAUUCAAUUCCUAUGCUAGCUUUUGCUGGUGAAGAAAUUUUCGUGGGAGUACAUAACAGAUUUGGUGAACAUAGUUUGUUGUCACUUCUUGUUUUAUUGAUGGGGAAGCAUAAGAGAGAAAAUCCAGACAACUUCAUAGAAGCUAUCAAUUGCAACCUUUCUUCUUGGAUAGAAAGCUUAUUGAAGAAGUUUGCUGAGAUGGAUUCCAACUGCAUGGCCAAACUGCAAAAACUUGCACCCGAAGUGGUCAAUCAUUUGUUACAGUCCAAUCCAAAUGGUGAUACAAAUGCAUUGGGGUCAGCUUCUGAUGGUGAGAAACGCAAGGCAAAAGCUAGAGAGAGACAGGCUGCUAUAAUGGCAAAAAUGAGAGCAGAGCAGUCCAAAUUUUUGAAGAGCCUUGGUUCUGAUAUGGAAAACGGGUCGAGUAAAUUACAAUCCAAACAAGGAGUAUCAGACUCUGUUGUUGGACAUUAUUCAGCAGAGUUUUCACAGGAUGUUUGCUCACUUUGCCGUGAUCCCUAUUCAGAAAGUCCUGUAUCUUACUUGAUUCUUCUUCAGAAAUCUAGGCUUAAGAGUUUCGUUGACAAAGGUCCCCCAUCAUGGGAACAAGUUCCUCUGUCAGACAAGGAUUGCGUUUCAAAUUCUAAAAACGAGGUCACAGGAAAGCGCAGAACAAACACCACCUCAUGCAUUUCAGAAAGGAUUUCAUCUCCUCAGUUAGUGCAGUUGUUCCAGAAUGCAGUGAAUGAGUUAGCCUCUGAUGGUCGUUCUGGGGAAGUUGAUGCUUUUCUAGAAUUCAUCAAGACUCGGUUUCCAUCAGUUGGGAAUCUUCAACUGACCUGCACUUCUAAUGAUACAGGGGAGAGGACUUCAUACAACUUUGACACGUUGGAAGAAGAUAUGUUCUUGUGUAUUCAGAAAGAGAUGUGUAAUCUCUUGACGCAUUCAAAUUUGGUAACUGAUGAGAAAUUUUCAGCUGCUGAAGGGGGUCCUAAAAGGGGUGUGAAUGCUGGAGAAGUCUUGCUUGGAAAAUAUAUAGCCACUCUUUCAAGAGCAGCAAAAGAAAAUCCUUCUGCUUCUGGGAAUGCUCAAUCUCAUAAUGAUAGGGCAAUGUCAGAAUCUACCACACUGGUUCCUGCAUAUGAUGGACUUGGCCCCUCAGAUUGUGAUGGAAUUCAUCUUUCUUCAUGUGGGCAUGCGGUGCAUCAGGGUUGCCUUGAUCGUUAUCUAUCCUCACUGAAGGAAAGAUAUAACAGAAGAAUGGUUUUCGAAGGAGGGCAUAUUGUGGAUCCUGAUCAAGGGGAGUUCCUUUGUCCUGUUUGCCGUCAACUUGCAAACUCUGUCUUGCCUGCAUUACCUGGAGAUUCUCAAAAGGGCUGGAAAAAACUGACAAUUUCUAGUGCUGGUUCCCCAGAUGCUGCUGGCUCCUUAGCCACAUUGAAUGAUGAAAUCAAUUCCCUUUGCAUUCAGCAAGCCUUGUCUCUGUUGCAAAGUGCUUGCAAUGUGGUUGGGAAAGGUGAAAUAUUGAAAACCAUUCCCAUGGAAGGAAUUGGAAGAAUAGCACCAACUAUUGAACCUUUCCUUCGCAUGAUCUGUCGAAUGUAUUUUCCUGGAAAGUAUGAUAAGGUUUCAGGAUCUACAAGGGUAAGCCAAUUUAUAAUUAUGUGGGACAUUCUCAAGUACUCUCUCAUAUCAACAGAAAUUGCUUCUCGUUGUGGAAGGACUUCUACCACACCAACUUAUUGUGUCGAUUCCUUAUAUAAGGAACUCAAUUCAUCCACUGGGUUUAUUUUGACCUUGUUGCUAAGCAUUGUCCAAAGUAUGCGGAAUGAGAACCCUCAUCAUGUGCUUUUAAGAUUUAGAGGUAUUCAGCUCUUUGCAGGGUCUGUUUGCCAUGGCGUUUCUGUGGAUGAAUUUCCCAGUACUGCUUCUACACAAGGAGGUAAUAUGUUAAGUAUCUUGGAACACAUUGAAACAGAAGUAUCAUAUCCUGACAUCCAAUUCUGGAAAAGAGCUUCUGAUCCUGUCCUUGCUCAUGAUCCUUUUUCAUCAUUGAUAUGGGUUCUUUUUUGUCUACCAUACCCAUUUUUGUUAUGCAAUGAGGUUUUCUUUUCUCUUGUGCAUCUCUAUUAUGCUGUCUCUGUAGUACAGGCUAUAAUUACUUACUGUGGGAAGCAGCAAUGUAAGAUAAAUGGAUUAGGUUUCCAAGAUUGCCUGAUUACUGACAUCUCCAAUAUUGUGGGAAAAUCUGGGUUUGCUCCGCUGUAUUUUGUUUCCAGCUAUAUUGACCCUUCUUGUAAUAUUAAGGAUGUAAUUCGUAGCUUGAGUUUCCCUUAUUUGCGAAGAUGUGCCUUGCUCUGGAAACUACUGAACUCUUCUAUCACUGCACCAUUCUGUGAUAGACCUCUUGUGUUUGAUAGACCAUUCAAUGCCAUUGAUGAUAUGAUGGAUUGUACAAAUGGUGCUUUGUUGGAACUCAUCCAUGUUGAGCAGCUGGAGAACAUGUUUAAGAUUCCCCAACUGGAUGAUGUUCUCAAGGAUGAAGCACUUCGUUCUUUAGUUCAGACUUGGUUCCAUCAUUUUUCCAAGGCAUUUGAAGUUUGUAGUCUUCCAAGUGUUUUAUACUCCACUCCAGCAGUUCCAUUUAAGUUAAUGCAACUUCCUCACGUUUAUGAGGAUCUCUUGCAGAGGUAUAUAAAGCAGCAAUGCCCUGACUGUAAAACUGUUCUGAAUGAUCCUGUAUUGUGCCUGUUAUGUGGUAGAUUGUGCUCUACAAGCUGGAAGCCAUGCUGCAGGGAAAAUGGAUGCCAAGCUCAUGCAAUGACCUGUGGUGCUGGUACUGGAGUAUCCCUGUUGAUCAAAAAAACCACAAUCCUGCUUCAAAGAUCUGCACGUCAGGCACCUUGGCCUUCUCUCUACUUGGAUGCAUUUGGUGAAGAGGAUAUUGAAAUGCAUAGGGGGAAGCCACUGUAUUUGAAUAAAGAGAGAUAUGCAGCUUUAAGUCAUAUGGUGGCUUCUCAUGGCCUUGACCGAAGUUCUAAAGUUCUUGGUGAAACAACCAUUGCUGCUUUUUUCCUCAUUUAGUAAAGCAAUUGCAUAAAACUUUUGUGGAGAUAUCAUGUAUUCUUCCUCUGGGUUGAAAUUUUGGUCAUAAUGAUGGAUUUGUAUGCCAGCCAGUUCUCUCACGCUCGUCCUCCAUCUGUACAGUUCUUAUCAUACUUAAAAAGUACACAGAAACACAGGAGCUGCAGUUGUGUUCCAAUCAUCCCCACUGGACCAUAGAAUCUUUCAUGGAACUGAUGGACUUAUAGAUUUACGAUUACCAUCAUAUAAAUGGUCAGAAGCUAUUAAAAUGUGCAGUCAUUUUGGCACUUAGCAGUUCAUUUUCUUUUCCUAUUACAAUGAUGAUCAGGCUGAUAGUAGGAAGUGUGGGUAGCAUUGGUGGAGGGUAGUGAGCUGUUGGCAUAUUUUUCCCAUCUGCGUGGUUGUGUUGGGGGGGUAUUUGGGCGAGUUCCUUAAAGAGAGUUGUCUUACGCCCCUAGGCAUCUCUACCUGUCCACCCACCUGUAUCAGUUUCGGGUUAAGUUUGUUGGGUGAGGACCCAUUCCCAUUAUUUGUGGGUUAGAUUUUACGUGGGUUUUCUCAUGCAUAUUCUGUAAAUUGAGCUUUUUCUUAAUCCAUUUUUCAUAUAUAUCCUGACAUGGGCCCAUCCUUCCAUCCGUGGUUUUGCAAACUACAAUUUCUCGAAUAUUGCAACCGUAAAGCGGUUACAGCUCCAUAAUCAAAUUCCUAUUGUGUGUAUUAGGAUGGUCCUCUUGUCAGUCUUAGUUCCAGCCAUUGGCCGAUGCCUACAAAAUUAAUAAAAUGAAAUAACACAAUAUUGUACGA